AUGAUUCUCAUUCAUCACCUACUUCCUGUACUCGUUCCCAUCGGUGUGCUAGUUUCCCUCGCCCACUGGCUCUUCUGUCGGUUUUUCUGGCGUCAUGCCAUCCCAGCGACAAUUCCAUGGGCAGGUAGCCAUGAUGGUAAACCUCUCUCCCAGGCUCGGGCAGUAAUCCGCAGCUUAUUUGACACUCGUGGCCUACUCGUCGACUCGUACGUAAAGGUUCGUCCUACUCACUUGGUUUCAGAACAGAAAAUAAUUGGUCACAGUACUCCCAAAAUGGUUUGCCAUAUGUACUACCGAAUCUGAUCCAAGGUCCAGAGGUUAUUUUACCUCAGACUAUGGUAGAUUGGUUAUUGCAGCAGCCCGAUAGUGUACUUGAUCAAAAUGAGGUCAACCGAGAUUUUCUUCAAGCAGAUUUCACCAUGCUUCAUCCAAAGGUGGCAACCGACACAGUUCAUGGCGAAGUCAUCAAGAAGGUUCUUACCAGACGGCUUGGUGAGUUUACAGGUGAUGUCCUCGAGGAAGUGGAUUUUGCCUUCAGAAGCGCUUGGGGAGUCGACACCGAUGACUGGAAGACUAUCACUGCUUACGAUACCAUGUCGGAGGUCAUCACACGAAUUUCAAAUCGAGUGUUGGUUGGCUUACCACUCUGUUAGUAUACCUAAUUCAGUCUGUAUCCGCGCAACAGCUAAUCAUCCUCAAGGCCGCAACGAAGAUUAUCUUUACUACUCCUCUAGAUUCGCUCGGUUUGUGAUCCUAGAGUCCGCUGCGAUCCAUCUGUUCCCACAAUUUCUGAGACCGUGAGUCUGGUCAUACUAGAUUUCAAACCCAUGACUGAUCCUUCUAGGUUCGUUGCACCAAUUGUAACGCUAUUUGAUUAUCGACGUUACCUUCGCAUGGCAAAACACAUCAUUCCCAUUUGGAAGCGUCGAACAUCUGCUCCAAUGCAAGAUGACAAACAAAAGGUGACUAUAUCUCUGCACGCCCGAACAUCAUGACCAAACCAUUAACCGAUAUUAGAGCGAUUAUGUCCAGUGGUGUCUCGAUUUCGCAGAUGACCGACGUGAUCCAGAGGAACGAUCUAGUGACAUGAUCUCGAAGAGACUUGCUGCUCUCACCUUUGCGGCAAUUCAGUCCUCAGUCAUUACUUCCACUAACCUCCUCUUUGACUUGGCAGCCAGUGAUCAAACCCCUGAGCUCUUCAACCUAAUUCGCAAGGAAGUGGAUUUAGAACUUGAAUUUGAGAAUGGUGCUUGGAACAAAAAUUCCCUCGCCCGUAUGGUAACACUUGACAGUGCACUACGCGAAAGCAUGCGUCUAGGAGGGUUUGUCAGCCGUGGAAUUCUGAAAACAGUUGCUGCAAAGGAUGGUAUCAAACUCCCUGGUCCUGACGGCGCACAUCUGCCUUAUGGUACCAAGGUUGGUGUCCAUGCAUAUCCUGUCCACUAUGAUGAAGAGAUCUAUCCUCGAGCAAAGGAGUUUGAUCCCUUGCGAUUUUGUCUCCUCACGCCUGAAGAAAACAUCGACGAAAAGACUUCGAAGUCAGGAAUUAGAGGCAUACCUUUAGUCAACACUUCUCCAAUUUUCAUGGGAUUUUCUCAUGGCCGCCAUGCUUGGUAAGAUCCUGGGCCCUCCUUUUUACAGAUGAACCUUUACUAAUUCUUGCAUCUCACAGCCCAGGUCGGUUCUUCGCCACUCAGCAGCUCAAGCUAGUGCUCGCAUACGUGGCGCUCAAUUACGAAAUCUUUCCCAUUCCCGUACGUCCUCAAAACAAGUGGCUCAUCGGAAGUUCAGGACCUCCAUUAGAUGCGACAAUCACAAUCCGUCGUCGAAAAGGAACCGUCGCAUGA